UCACAACCUUUAAACCCCUCGCUCAUCAAAUCUCUCUCUCUAGAAACCCCAAUUUUUUUUCAUUUUCCCAAUUUGCCCCUGCAAACCUUCCUCAGCCAUCAGCCAUGUUCGUCUCUAGGGUUUUAGCUCGCGUAUCGAGGGCCAUCCCCAGGACCGCCGUGUCCAUGGCCGCUCAGCCGGGUCACCGAUUCCCAAUCGUUUCAAACCAGUCACCGCCUCUGAUUCAGGUCUUGCCCAAUAAGGUGUCUAUGUUGCAUCAUUCAACCCCCACUUCUUCUAUAUCUCAACUAUUUGGAUUCUCUUCAUCUGCAUCACCAGAGUCUUCUGAAAGUGCUGGAAAUGGAGGUUCUGAGAAGAGUAAUACUAAAGUUUCUGAUAGUGGUAAUACCAAAGUGGCUGAUGAAACCAACGAUUCAGGUUCUAUUCCAGAAUCCCAGUCUACCAAUGUAAGGAGACAGCGUAAUCUGAGAGGAGGUACUAAACGAACUGCAUUUUCUGAUUCAGAUUCAGACGAAGACUUGUCUACUGAGGACCUGGUGAAACUCCUUACGGAGAGGGAAGAACUUCUGAAGCAAAAGCAUGAAGAGGUUGCAAAAAUGCAAGAUAAAGUCCUGCGCACUUACGCAGAAAUGGAAAAUGUCAUGGAUAGAACAAGACGUGAAGCAGAAAAUACAAAAAAGUUCUCCAUACAGAACUUUGCCAAGAGUUUACUAGAUGUUGCAGACAAUUUGGGUAGGGCUGCUGCAGUUACCAAAACCGGUUUCGCGAAAAUUGAUCAGUCUAAGGACUCUGCUGGCACUCUACCACUUCUGAAAACUCUUCUUGAAGGAGUUGAAAUGACUGAGAAACAACUUUCAGAGGUGUUUAAAAAGUAUGGUAUUGAAAAAUAUGAUCCUACAAAUGAACCAUUUGAUCCACAUAGGCAUCACGCGUUAUUCCAAGUAUCAGAUCCUUCAAAGCCUCCUGGUACCGUUGCUCAAGUUCUCAAGCCUGGAUAUGUACUUCACGAUCGAGUUAUCAGGCCGGCUGACGUUGGUGUAACUCAAGAAGCGGAAAACAAUGGAACUGAGGAAGAUUCUGGCAAUUGAAAUUUUUGCUGCUAUAACAUAUUUCACUACUGCGUUGCAGUGUUCGGAAGUACAUGACCAAAUUUUAGCAUGUGAUCAAGAAACUUGAUUGAGAUGACUUCAGGGUCAACUUUGUUUCCAGUAAAAUUGUUAUCCCAUAUUUUGUACGA